AGCCUCGCUAUUGCUUGUAAUAUUCCAGCAUGACAAUCUCAGCGAGCUCACUUUUUGACGAAGUAGGAGCGAGCUAUGAAGCUGCCUUUGCAGACAAUGCGCCGCUUUGUGCCUUCAUCAACCAGGCCAGCAAGAACUUACCCCCCAACAGUCGGGUGCUAGAUGUUGGAUGCGGCACCGGCAAGCCCGUCGCGGAGAUCCUCGCAACUGCAAGCCAUGAAGUGCAUGGAAUCGACAUCUCCCCAGGAAUGUCCGUUGAUGGUGUGUUUGCGAUUCUGUCGCUGUUCCAGCUCACUCCGGGAGAGCUGUACUCGAUGAUCUUCAAAUUUGCCGAGUGGCUCAACGUGGGGGGCUGCUUGGCCCUCGCGGUGACGCCCAGCACCGGACUGUUGCCGGACAAAUGCACCUACGAUCCCACCUGGAAUUGUGUUAGGAUGCUCGGGAAGCACUGGAUGGGAAACUACACCGACGAGGUAUUCCAUUCAGAGGAUGGAUGGGCUCGCCUGCUGCAAGCGGCCGGUUUAGUCCUCGACAUGGAGCCCGUUGACCACCUUUUUUGUCCGGCUGGCCACAAGGACUACACGAGCCUUGAGGUUCAGCACUUCCUGCUCGCAAGGAAAGCUGAGCCGCAGCCUUUGCUGGGCCCGUAUCCAGUUCCAAUUGUUGAAACGCCUUCAGACUAUGUCGACCAUCUUGAUAUCUUCACCGAUCGCUUCGUUAGCGAGGAUCUCAAGAGCCUCUGCAAACAGGUCGCAGUAGAUGGCAAAAAGAUGGUUGUCCUCGGGCAAGACAAUUGGAGUCACUAUGCACGCUGUGGGGAAUUACAGGCCCUGCCAGACAUCACCGAUAGCCUCCCAUAUGCACCUGACUCGUUGGAUGUCAUCUUUGCCCCCUGGACACUCGAGAAGCUUCCGAGCCUCAAUCAGGCCAUCAAGAAGAUGGUCCAUGUGGCACGUCGGAAGGGUUCACAACUUGUCAUCCUCCAAGGAGCUCCUGGAAAUGAGGCGGUGAUGCACCUGAACGCGGCCGCGCGCUCACCUCGAAUCCGCCACCAAGGCCAGAUUCUGCAGGAAGCGACGCAACUGUUGACAGAACAGGGGUUCGGGCACGUCUCCCUAAAGCGUGUUCGUGCACAUUAUGCAUUCCCCGAAGAGGACUUGCCAACCCGAUGUUCGGUGGCUGCGGAAUGUUUGGCCGGGAUCACACAUCGACAGCAUUCGAACUAUGAGGUCAUCAAGAAAAUCCUGACUGCGCGGCUGAAGCUUCAUUUCCAGGGCAGCGCACACGCGGUGGGAAUGGACAUGGUUGCCUUGAUUGCGCGGUCGAGCGAUGCGGAGACUUGACCGCUCGAGUUGAUGAACAUCAAAGUGAAUAUAUACUCAUAUACCCGUGUACCGAGCGAUCUUCUCGUAUCUUCGUUGAGCUCAUGUUCAAAGUAUGACUAAAGCCCUUCUCUUCGGGUACAAGAAAGUGGAAUCAAAUCAUAUGAAUACGGGGUAUCAUGCGCAGCCCCUAGUGGUGGCUCGUUGGGGACAGACGCU